AUGUUAAACAGCAAAAUCAAGAUUUUCAAUGAUGACUCCCUUCUUUUCAGUAGUUAUCAAUAUUAUACGGUUCCAUUUUUAUAUACAAUGGCCAUAAUAUUGAUUUCCUACUUCGAAAAUGCUUGGAUAGCCAUUUGGAUCGUCUAUACUCUAAUUCCAUUUUUGGAUGAAUUCUUCUCAUUAGAUCUUCGUAAUCCAAGCAAAGAUGAAUAGAAUAAACUAGAAUCAGAGAUGAGAUUCAAGCUUCCAUUGUAUGUAUGCGUCAUCUUCGAUUGGAUAAGUCUGAUUUGGAUGAUCAAUUUCCUUCUAAACAAUGAGAUCCAGAUAUUCAAUAAACUGGGUAUUAUCUUUUUGUGUGGCAAUUUGGCUGCAUCCAACAUCAACAUCGCUCAUGAAUUGUUUCAUAAAGAUAAUCUGCUGGAUAAGCUAUUGGGAACUAUUACAUUGGCAAGAAACUUGUACAUCCACUUUGCAAUAGAGCAUAUCCAUGGUCAUCACAGAAAUGUUGCUACUCCCAAAGAUCCAGCAACUUCAUUGAAAGGACAAAAGAUAUGGAACUUCUUGCCCUAGACCAUAAUUGGUUCAUAUGUGUCUGCUUGGAAUUUUGAAGCAGAUCUUAUGCUCAAAAAAUAUGGAUCAGUUAUUAGAGUCUAAAAUAGAAUGAUAUGGUAUACAAUAUCUUAUUUUAUUAUUCCAUGCAUUAUCUAUUAUUACUUUGGAAUCUUCGGAUGUGCUUACUUCUUAGGCACUGUAAUCAACAGUGUAGUGUACUUGGAGACCAUUAAUUAUGUGGAGCAUUAUGGUUUGAGCCGAAAAGAAAUACAACCGGGAAAAUAUGAGAAAGUAGACAUUAGACAUAGUUGGAAUGCUCCACACAGAUUAUCCAAUUAUCUCCUCUUUAAAUUGCAAAGACAUUCAGACCAUCACGAAAAUCCAUACAAAUCCUACCAGACACUCUGUUCCUAUGAAGAAAGCCCCCAAUUACCACAUGGAUAUACUGUGUGUAUUCUAUUGGCAUGGGUACCAAAUUUAUGGUUUGAAAUUAUGGAUUUGUAAUUAAAGAAUUGGGAACAUCAUAAAAAGAAUGUGACCUCAGACCAAGUCAAACAGAAAAUGCUUGAUUUCAUAUUCAAAAUUGGCAUGGUCACUACAACAUUGGCAACUGCUUCAAUUGCAUUAUGA